AUGCAGUGCGACGAUGUGACUUGGAACAUUCUAAACAAAGGACAAUGCUCCUACAAGGCCUGGUCGAAGCCCAAAAUGUUCUGCCGCAACGAAAUGAAUUUGACCGGUUUGUGUAACAGAGCAUCGUGUCCAUUGGCAAAUUCACAGUACGCAACUGUUCGCGAGGAGAACGGAGUGUGCUAUUUGUAUGCAAAAGUUGUCGAACGAUCUCACUAUCCACGUCGUCUGUGGGAGAAGACGAAGCUGUCGAAAGACAUGAACAAGGCGCUCGAACAGAUCAGUGAUCAGCUGAUUCACUGGAGUGAGUACGUUAGACACAAGUGCAAAGCUCGUCUUAUCCGAAUUCAUCAGUAUUUGAUUCGAAUGCGAAAAAUGGCGGUUCGCGGAAACCAGAAGAAAUUGAUUCCAAUCGGACGCAAAGUUGAACGACGUGAGAAGCGUCGUGAGGAGAAGGCGUUGGUAGCAGCGAAACUGGAUCACGCUAUCGAGAAGGAGCUUCUAGCAAGACUCAAACAAGGAACCUAUGGAGACGUGUACAACUUCCGUCAAGAAGCCUUCGAACAGAUGCUCGAGAACACGGAGAAAGAGCUCGAAAUCGAGCAAGAAGUCGAGCAGGACGACCCAGACACCGGGGAGACUCAAUUCGUGGCUGAUUUUGAUAGUUCUGAUGAUGAGGAGGAUAUGGAGGAUGGUGGAGAUGGACAUUGGUCACCACAAGAGACUGACAGUGAGAAUGAGGAUAACUGGCAGCCAGAGGAAGAAGAGGAGGAGGAUUCUGAUGAGGACGGAGAGGAUGGUGAGGAACCAAUGGAGGUUGAUGAGCCACCGAAGAAGAAGGCUAAGAAGGAGGUCAAGAAGAAGACAGUGAAGAAGGCGGAUCCAAAGAAGAAGAAGCUGAAGAAGAGAGCUCAUGUGGAGAUUGAGUAUGAGGAGGAGGUCGAGCCAAGAGAAAGAGUCAAGGCAUAA